GCUUCCAUUCCCCAAGUCCAAAAUCAAACUUUAAACCCACGUCGAGCUUCUCAGAGUCAAAAUGGUCAAAGCAGUUGCGUUCAUUCGAGGUGACUCGAAGAUCACCGGAACCGUCACCUUGGAGCAGGCUUCCGAGUCUUCCCCAACCACCAUCUCAUGGAACAUCACUGGCCACGAUGCCAAUGCUAAGCGUGGCAUGCACGUCCACCAAUUCGGUGACAACACCAACGGCUGCACAUCCGCUGGACCCCACUUCAACCCAUACGGAAAGACACACGGUGGUCCCAACGAUGAGAACCGUCACGUAGGCGACCUCGGAAACUUCGAGACCGACGCUCAAGGCAAUGCCAAGGGUACGGUCACAGACAAGCUCAUCAAGCUGAUUGGUCCCGAGAGCGUUAUUGGCCGCACUAUCGUCGUCCACGCCGGAACUGAUGACCUUGGCAAGGGAGGAAACGAGGAAUCUUUGAAGACCGGAAACGCUGGCGGCCGACCUGCUUGCGGUGUUAUCGGCAUUGCCGCAUAA